UUGCCACGGCAGCGGCGGCGGGGCUGGGCCGGGCCGAGCCGGGCUGGGCCGGGCGGGGCUGGGCGCUGGUGGCCGCGGUCGGGGCUGCGCCAUGGAGGGGCUGGAAGGUGAGGUUACAGUGCAGACUGGAGAUCUGUUGCCAUGUAGGAUUUGUGGAAGGACUUUCUUUCCAGCAGCACUGAAAAAGCAUGGACCAAUUUGCCAAAAAACUUCUGCAAAGAAAAGGAAGACAUUUGAUUCCAGCCGACAGAGAGCAGAAGGAACUGACAUUCCCACAGUAAAACCUCUUAAGCCACGGCCAGAACCACCCAAAAAACCAUCCAAUUGGAGACGAAAGCAUGAGGAGUUCAUAGCAACUAUACGAGCAGCCAAAGGACUUAACCUUAAAGAUGGUGGAAAACUCCCUCCACCACCUCCGCCAUCAUAUGACCCUGAUUACAUUCAGUGUCCCUAUUGUCAAAGGAGAUUUAAUGAAAAUGCAGCCGACAGACACAUCAAUUUCUGUAAGGAACAAGCAGCACGUAUUACUAAUAAGGGGAAACUGGCAGCUGAUACCAAAGGGAAGCUUCCUACUAGAACUCAGUACAAGCCUGCUGCAGUUAAGAAGGCGCCUUCUGCAGGAUCAACACCAUCAUCAUCACGCUUACCACAGCCAAGUGGUGUUAGCAAAACAGUUGUAGGUGCCUCUUCAGGUAAAGCACUGUCUUCAUCUGGGUCCAGUGGGAGCAAAAUUCAGACAUUAUCACCAGCGCAUAAAAACUCACUGGGAAUGGUGAACCCACAAGCAGGAGGUGUAACAAAAGCACGGACAACCCCUCCUAGUGUGGCAAGAACCAUGAGCACGGGUGCUCUAUCAAACAAAAGAAAAACAAGUAAUUCAGACAGUUACUCAAGGCCUGAUGGUAAAAUAGGGUAUGACAGUGGAGACUUCUCAGUCAAUGGAGCAAGUUCAAAAAGCAGUGAAGGAAAUUCACCCGUACAGUUAUCUAAAUUCUGCCAUGAAUGUGGAACAAGGUAUCCAGUGGAAUGGGCGAAGUUUUGCUGUGAGUGUGGAAUUCGAAGAAUGGUUGUGUGAACACAUACUUAACAGCAAAGAGAAAAAGAGAAAUUGGAAGCAUCUGCAAUGUACUGCUGCAUGGAAAGCUAGAGCACUCCUUCCAGUUAGACUUCAUGCUGCAAACGUGUUGAAACAUCAUAUUGUAAUUUUCUGAGUGCAAUCUUCCGGUUACAUAGUAAUUUAUAUAUAAAUAUAUAUACUGUAUAUAAAAAUAGCAGGUACCUUAAACUGUGCCAUUCAUGGAAAUAUUCUUUAAUCUCUGCUGGAAAUAUUUUAAAGUAUAAAAACAUGUUAAGUAACUUAGGUAGUGGAAGUGGUUCAGUGUUACUUUUCUUAUAUAAUCCUACUAGAUAAGGCAUUAUUUAAAUCACUUAUGUAGGUUAACUCACCCAUAGGGAACUAACAAUGAAAAACUUCUGUGUCAAAAGUUUCUUUGUGGAGGCAUUUCCUUCAUAUGUAAUACUAAGUACAUGUUAUCUAUGUUCUAAAUGAAAACAACAUAAACAACUCCCUAAAAAUUUCUGGUUAAAAGUGCAAAAAGACAGGUCCCUUCAAACUAUUUAAACUAUUACUUCACAGUAAUAUCCUAAGUGGACUUUACAGUUACUUCCAAUGAUUUUUUUUAACUAUUCAAAGAGGAAAGUCUGAAAAUUCCAUUCACAUAUAAGAAAAACAAAAUUUGUGCAGCUUUCCCCAUUCUGUUUUUGAAUUAGAACUUGUUAAUAUUUUUAUGUAUUUAUAAGAAGAAAUAUGAUAUCCUCAUUUUCAUCAGUUCCUUUUGUUCUGAAAUAGUUGUCUUUGUCUUCCUGUGUUCUUCACCGUGACUAGCAUGUGUAAAAGCUCUUUGCUUAUGUCUUUAAAGGUUUCCAAAAGUCCUACUCUUUUUUUCUUCCCUUGUAGUUACUGUACCUAAGUGUUGAACUUGUUUUAAAAACAACCUUCUUGACGUAUCCAAUACAAAAAGAGAUCCAUAAAAUGUAUGCUAUUAGAAGAGUAGAAAUUGAUAUAAGUAGCAACUGCUUUUAUACUUAUCCCUGUGCAAACAGCAGGUCCCAUAUUUCUGGAGUUAACACAUGAUACCUUUUUUCUCUUCAAUUCUGUAUAUUCACGGGCUCUGAAAUCAGCCUCUUAAAGUUAGUAGCAGACUUCACAUCAGUUCAUUGGUUAGAAGAGUCAGGCCCUGGAAGUUGUUUUUUUCAUUCUUUUAAAAUAAAUGACACAAUCUAUUAAAGCCAUUCACAAGCUGAAUCACUUAACUUGUAUCUGAAUGUAGUAAUUUGUUUUGUGAAGCUUUAUUUUGAAAUACUGACAUCAUCUUAGCUAUGCGUGGAAGAACAAUCUGAAAGACCUUAACUGUGCCUUUCCCACAAUACACUCUUUUUGUCAGAAAUGGUUACUUUGAGCUCACCGUUAGAAUUGAUUUUUAUACUUUCUUUGUAGUUUUUGCAAAAUCUGCUGCAUUGUUGCAUUAUAACAACUUGAAUGUUGUUUGCAUUUUCAAAACUUGUGAUUACUGUCAAUGGGGCCUAUUAUGGAGAAAACAUGAUUUAAGACAUGCAUCUCCAAAACAGGUUCUAGUCCUGGAGGAUAGGAGAUUUAAGAGGCUUGAUGUAGUCAUCAUGCAGGCCGUAAACUAUUGAUAUUUCAGAACUAUUUCCAUGGAAAUAAUAUAAUUCAUACAAUAUGAAUUAUAUGAAAUUGUCUUAUACUUUUUAUACAAAAUUAUUUCUAGAAAUUAUCUUUUCAUUCAAUGUAGUCUUGUAUUAUUGUAAUUUACAGAAGUUGGCGGCUGAGCAUGAUAAAAUGGAUGGCUGUUAAUGAGAGACCUGACAAAUCCUAGCCAGUUUAUAUUUUGCAUAAUUUAGGUUCUAGGAUCCUUUUUGGCACAUUCAUAUUUGUACUUGGAAAAAUUACAAUCCUGCAUCUUUAGCAUAGAUAAGUUUGCUUUAGAAAAUUUGUCCUGGACUUGGGCCAUGGAGGUCUGGAGGUCUGCAGACUGAAUUACUGGAAGCUGUAAGCGUCCAUCAGAAAAGAUAGAAAUCUAGCAUAGGUUUGAAUUCAUCAAAGAAUCAUUACCUUUAUCUGACUUGAUGAAUUUCCAGUUUGUUUCUGCUGGAAAAAAAAGCUUUUCACCCUUUACUGAAAAUGCAUUCUACAAGAGAAAUUUUUUAAGGAAAUAUAUAUUACAGGUUUUUGAGAAUUGAUGGAAUGGUUGAAAAAUAAUAUUGACCAUUUAGGUUUCCUAAUUUUAAACCAAUUCACAUACAACAAUUAUAAUUUCUGCCUUUUGAGCUUUGUGUAACUCUUUGCUUCCAACGUAGCAUUUAGGAAAUUACUUGAGUGACAUAUUUAUAUUUUUUUAUGCUUCUAUGAUUUAUGGCAAGAACUAGACAGGCGAUUAACCUCAACUGAAGGAAAAACUUUAAAAAGAUUUCCUGAACUUUUAAUUUGGCUUUACAGAAAGAUCUACUGAAGUGUAAAUGACUGUUGAUAGUAACACUUGGUAAUGUGUAUGCAAUAGAAUCUACAGUAAAGAUAAGCAGAGAAUGAAAAUAUAAUUGACUAUGCAGUUUUUUACUGUAUAGUGAGACUACCAGAAAGCUGGCAUAUUUCUACUUUCAACUGGUUUUGUCACUGAAUGUCAGGUGUUGUUAACAACAGUAGGGUGUAUUACACACAUUAUCGGAAUAGAUCACAGUUAUUCCAUCUAAAUAUUUAUUUGCCAGUAGAUUUGUUUUAAUAAUGCCCUGCAGAACUGCAUAUGGAAAAUAAACUGAUUAUAGCAUUUAAGGAAAAUAUAAACAGGUAAGGGAGACAGUAAAGACUACGAAUUUUGAAUCUUUAGGUAUAUUACAUUUGUGAAGAAAUUCCUGAAUUCAAUUUAUUAACAAGACCUAGGUCCAAAACAUCGUGCCCUCCUCCUCCCACUGCCCUUAUGCCUUGCUUUUUCAUGAGAGGAAAAAUCAUGAAUACAGAUGCUGAAAGGGUAGUGUUCCAGAAUGCCUCAAAAAUCAAAAUUUUGAUAAUUGUUAAGAUAGAACACCUAGAUGAACUAUAUAGCCCUGAUGCACUUCACUGAGGAGUCUAAACUUAGCUAGUGUCAUCUUCUGGAUGCCUUGUUGAAAGAUAUUUAACUUAAAAGCCUAAAUUCCUUAGAUUUAAUGUGUAAAUCUAUGAUGAUAGUAUUGCUUCAUUUACCAUCUGUCUUUCCAGUUGUGUGUUUGUGUGUAUGCACAUGUAUUUUGUGAGAACUCUUGUUAUACAAACAAAAAGUGGUUUCACUAAAGCAGAGUUAAUACAAAACUGUACUGAAUGCUACUAGGGGAUUGUGAAGCCCCAAACAGCUGACUGAUGUACUUGCUGUAUACUGAAAGUAAAAUUUAUUAACAUGAUUUUAAUGUUACCUACUAUCAGUGUCUGAUCAUGUCAGACUUUCUUUUACUGUUUGCCACUGUAUCUUCCUAAAUUGCUUGCUAAGAGUCUUUCAAUCAACAAAGAAGAAAACAAUAGGGAGGGGAAGGGAAUAAGGAAGAAAAAAAAAAAAAAAAAAAAAAGAAAAAGAAAAAUGUCAGUGGUAAAAAAGCAAGAAGGCUGUUGCUGUGGUCCUGGCUGACUGUGUUUGCAUUCCUAUUUUGCUUUUGCGAAUACAUGAUUUACUAGGGCAGUCUACAUAACAGAAAGGAGUGUAGGAGCACUGGGCCUGUAGUGAUGCAAGUGCAAUGGAAAUAUACUAGUGUCAAAGGUGAAAGCAGCGUAGUAGAAGGCCUAGGAUUUAUAUAAUGUACCUUUCAGAAGUUUAUGUAUAAUACUGUUUCCAGGUCUAAAACAAUCUAAGGUAUUUCUAACUGCACAGCAACAUAAAUGUAUGGUUAUGCAGAUAGUUAGACUCUUAGUCUCCCACACCACUACAGGAAAGUGGGCAGCAGGAGGAGGAGCAAACUUUAGCAUCAUUUCAGCUUAUACCUAUGAAGUGAACGUCUAGGCAGAAUUUUUCAAAUUUGCCAAAGAGACUUGAAGAGCCAUUAGCCUCCCACAGGUGGAUUUGAAAAGCUUGACCUGAGGGAUUCCUUGGCCUGGGAGGCAGCCUGGAAGCCUGGGGAGCUCUCCAUGGUGCUCUUAACACUGACCCUCAGGUAGCAAGGUACACAGGCUAGGAACUCCAAAAUGUAUUUUAAGACCUGAGCUAAUCUUCACCCAUCAUUGAAGUUUUGUCAUCUGGGUGAGACUAGCUCUUACUUCACCAUUGCAACUAAGAGUUAGUGUCUGAACUGCAGCAUGUGAAAAGAACAGUUCCAUGAUGCACGCUUAUCAAAGUCAGCAAGAGGAGGUAUGAUUGCAGUACUUUAAACACUAAGGAUCAAGGAUAUAGCAGUGCACCUUGAUGUAGGCUAUGUAAGUAGUUUGAGUAUAAAAUGAAAUGGCAUUGUCAACAUAUUAUAAAGUUCUCAAGAACUGCUGGUUUCCAUCACAUGACUUUUGCAUCUGUGCAAUGAACAAAUCUUUUUUAUAUCUUGACAGAAAUUUGUGUUUUGUGAAAGUACUUGUUACAACUUUAUUUUUUUUUUCAGUAUGACUAAGCUAUAGGUAAUCAUAUGGAUUGUAUGAGACAGUGGAAUUUCCAUCUUUGAAACUGUUUUUGGUGACUUUGGUGAAAAUAUUUAUAUUGCCUUGGAAUAAGUACAGCUCAUUCCAACUUGUGAUUUUUUUUUUCUAAGUUGCUGAGUAAGGUUUGAGUUACCUAGUUGUGUUGUUGGAAGAAAUGGUAAGUAAAAGAUUCUUAGCUAUAUUCAGCAGUUAUUUGGUCCUUGCUUUCCUUCCACUAUUCACAAGAUAAGGGAUUAAUCUUGCAUAUUAAUGUGAAUUUUUAUUUUCUUUUUGUAUAUGUAUUGUUCAGGAUACCCAUUUUCUGGAGGUUCCUAUUUAGCCCCAUUUCAUGUUUCCAGAAAACAACCUAUUCAUAUAUUCUUUUAAAUAGCUAGUACUUUUUCACAAAAGUAAUCAAUAGGGAAAUCAGUUUUAUCCAAUACGAACAGUAGCUUUUGCGACAGUAAAUCAAAUAUUCAGGUUGAUAUUGUUGAAUAGUGAACUUAAGGUCUAAAUGCAAGUGCAUGGUUUUUCAUUGUUCUAUAUUUGUAUUUGGAUUUCUGGCAGAAGUGCAGAUGGAUUUGGGUCUGAUCUUGUAAAGUGUUAAGUAUUCCAUGUCUGUUACAAUACUUACUUUAUAUAAUUGCUGUAACUCUCUAGGUGUUCAUCCUUCAUAUGAUACUUAGUAUAUAUCUUUAUAAGUUUAUUUAUUGAUAUUCUAUGUUUUUAAAUGAAGUGUUCAUUCAUGUAUUUGAGGUGAUUAAUUUUGUCAGCAUUGCAUUUAUUAUGUUUGCCUUGUCCUUCAGUACACUGAAUAUUUGUGUUUGUGACCAUCCAGUGUUUCUUUUCUUUUUUCUUUUUUUUUUUUUUUUUUUCCAGAACACCUGGGUUUCCACCUUAUUUGAUAUAUUAUUUUAAACCACCAGUUCUGUUUUAAUAAAUGUAAAUCACUACCUGAUGCUAAUUUGCCACUUGUUAACAAUAAAGGAAAUAUGCCAAUAAAA